AACACUAAUCUGCUCACUGAGAUGCCAGCGAGACAAAAUCCACCAGCAGCAACCGGUUUGUCACAUGACUAGCGUGCAGCAGCUCUCCGCCCGUGUUUGCGCGCGCGCGCGUGUGUGUGUGUGUUUGGCUUUUAUUUCCGUGUUUCCCGACGCAGAGAGCUCAGCUGAAUGAGUCUUCACGUCCGCCGUGUGCCUGCCGUUCACGCCGCGAAACUGCGUCUCCGUGCGAGGAUCCGUCGGGCGGGGGGGAACACACGCAAUCGCAUCGCCUGGACCCACGCUGCUGCAGGACCAUGCUUACACGGGUGAAAUCGGCAGUGGCCAAUUUUAUGGGAGGUAUGAUGGCUGGUGGCUCCAACGGUGACCAUCCCGGCGGCUCGGAUCUGCCCCUGAAAUUCCCGUACAGCAGACCGGAGUUCCUGGGACUGUCGCCGGACGAGAUAGAGUGCUCGGCGGAUCACAUUGCGAGACCGAUCCUGAUUCUGAAGGAGACCAAGCGGAUGCCGUGGUCCACCGGCUACGCAGAGGUGAUCAAUGCAGGAAAGAGCACAUUAAACGAGGACCAGGCCUGCUGUGAGGUGCUGGUGGUCAAAAGGAGACCUGCAGGAAGCUCCACACCCAACAGGACCCCCAUGACCCGCAGGAGGUCUUCCUUGCCCAAUGGAGAGGGUCUGGGCCUCCGGGAGUGCUUGGACAGCUCUGAAGACCUAACCUUCCACUACUGGGCAUUGUUUGAUGGCCAUGCCGGUUCUGGGGCGGCUGUGGUGGCUUCCCGCCUCCUACAUCACCACAUCGCCCUGCACCUUCAGGAGGUGAUGGAGAUCCUCUGCAAUCCAAACGUGCUGCCCCCCACGUGUCUGGGGGAGGAGCCCAUCAAUCACCACCUCACCCCAACAUCACAACGGGCGCUAACCAGGGCCGCCUCGCUACGUGGUGCCGCAGGAGCUCCGGGUUCGCCCAGCACCCCACCCACACGCUUCUUCACUGAGAAGAAAGUUUCACACGAGAGCCUGGUGAUCGGAGCCAUCGAGAAUGCUUUCAAAGACAUGGAUGUGCAGAUAGAAAAGGAGAAGGCAGUCUACAACAUCUCAGGGGGCUGCACUGCUCUGGUGGUCGUCUGUUUGCUCGGGAAGCUCUACGUUGGGAACGCUGGGGACAGCAGAGCUAUCAUUAUCCGUGCCGGGGAAGUCAUCCCCAUGUCAGCAGAGUUCACACCGGAGUCAGAGAGACAGCGACUGCAGUUCCUAGCCUACAUGCAGCCCCACUUAUUAGGGAACGAGUUUACACAUCUGGAAUUCCCGAGGAGAGUCCAGAGAAAGGAGGUGGGGAAGAGGAUGCUGUAUCGUGACUUCACUAUGGCAGGAUGGGCAUAUAAAACCAUUGAGGACGAUGACCUAAAGUUUCCCCUGAUCUACGGCGAAGGGAAGAAGGCACGUGUGUUGGCGACCAUUGGGGUCACUCGUGGUCUUGGGGACCACAAUCUCAAAGUGCAUGACUCCAACAUUUACAUUAAGCCCUUCCUUUCCUGCUGCCCAGAGGUCAGAGUCUACCCUUUGGCGCAGUGUGAGCAUGGAGCCGACGAUGUUAUGGUGCUGGGAACCGACGGUCUGUGGGAUGUCCUCUCUAACCAGGAAGUAGCUGAAGCAGUCACCUGUUUCCUGGCAAACUGCGACCCAGACGACCAGCACAGGUACACAAUGGCAGCUCAAGACCUUGUAAUGAGAGCUCGAGGGGUGCUGAAGGAUCGAGGCUGGAGGAUAUCUGACGACAGAUUAGGCUCUGGAGAUGACAUCUCAGUUUAUAUCAUUCCCCUAAUGUACGGCAACAAACAGAACUAGCCAAGCUACAACAGUACAGCCACCAAGGAAACAGAACCCUGCCUUGAUCUCCCAACUACUCUUCUGCAGUUUCCCUUCAUCCCUUGUGCUCUUUUUUAAAGUGCUUUAGUGUGGAUUUCCUCGUCUGCUGAGAGAUCCAAGAUGUUUCUGGUCAGAGAUGGGAUCUCUGCCAGACCUUGAUCAUCUUCAGUAAGGUUGUUCUCUUUUUGUCCGGUCCUUUUUCUUUUUUUAAUAGAAAACAAGCUGUUCGAGAGGCCAAAUCAUGGAAAGAGCUGAAUGAAAGUUGAACGACUGAUUUUUAUUUAUUUUUUGUUAUAUUGAUGAAGCCAUCAUGAAUCUUGUUGAAGGACAUUGCCUGAUGCCUGAAGCUGUCAGCUUGGGCUCUUGUAGACGAGAUGGUGACACACAUCUCAGGAUUGCUGUUACUCACUAAUGCACAAUAUUUAUAAGUCUGAAGAUGUAAAUACUACCAGGCAUUUGAAAAGCGUGUUUGGUUGAACCCUGCGCAGUGUAAAACGAUCCGAUGACGGAUGUCCUGCAGUUAUGAUCGUACCUUCUCUGUCCGAUGUAGAGCUUUUAAAUUAGCCGAGUUCAGUCACGUGCAAUUGUUUGUUCUGUUGUCCAUAGGAGGAAAAAAUAACGUUGCAAGCCUUCUCGAGACAGUUUGUCAGCUGCUGUUCUGCUGAUCUCACUCAGUUAUAUCCGUUCCACUACGGUACUGCGCUCACUACUAAGGGAAACUGCUACCUUUCAAGUUGUGGAAACACUACCAGGAGGAGCCACCUCGGAGAUGUUGUUGAUGCCUACAACAUCAACACUAUUAAAUCUAGUUCAGCAUUCACAGUUAAGAAGGAAAAACGAAGAAGUCCAUCAAGAAGUCGGCCAUCUACCUCAUAAUUUUCUUCCUUUUGUAGUAUUACACAUCGUCCUCCUCUCUUCCAGGGGCUGUUUGCUCCAUUGGGUGCAUCGUCAGCUGCGGCUCCUGUGCCAGUAUUUGGUUUCAUUUUUAUGAUUUGCUCGCAUACCUGCAAGAUUUGUAAAAAUGUUUUGAGAAAAAGCACUGAAGCAAAAACAAAAGCCACCCAGGGAACUGUAUGAAGAGUAUACUGUUGUAGAAAAUAUAUAUUUUUAUAUAUACGUUAUGCUCAAAUACCCUGUCAUGUUCUCAUGUUUAUCUUUUCUUAGUAUCAUUUGGAUAUAUUCUCCCCACGAAGAUGAAUCCGUUCUCUGCAUAGGCGGUUCCCCGAACAGUGAAAAUCGCUCUGGUCUUUAAGACGUUUCACUUAAAAUGAAGUGUAAAUAAGAUAAUCAUUGCAGGCAGGUCAGUAGACAAACACCACAUGUCUCUCUACAGUCAAUAUUGUUCCAUGGUUCAGUGGUCUUCCUCCAUUUGGUUUGUUUUAGUUGUAGUUUCCAGCUUCUACUGAAAUAUCUCUUAUCAUCUGCUGUAUGAGUGGCUGAAACUGGUGAAACAUGGAACAGAGUAACUCAAGUGUACAAAAUGUAAAUAACAUUUUCCUUCUUUUACUGUAAGUGAUGUACAUCUUACUGAAACAAACAACGUAAUUUGUACUGUUUUGGAAACCUAGAACAAUGUCACUUUUCUUCUCUAUUAAAAGAUAUACAAUUUCUGAUCUUUUAA